AUGUUAACGAGGCUGAGCCGGUUGCGGCUGAUGGAGCAGACGCGGAAGCUCAGCCAGCGUGACGUCAGAUACGCGAGACUCGAGGAGUCCGACCUGAUGGCCUUCGAGUCGGUCCUCGGGAAGGAGGCCGUCGUCAAGGAUGAUAUCGCGAAUUAUGUCUCCGACUGGACACGGCAAUUUACGGGCGAGUUUACGAUGGAGCGCAACUGCUUUUUAGGAAGAGCCUGCGCUUGGAAUUGCGUAUUAAAAAAUUUAGCAAGGCAAUAGUGUAGUAACCAUAAAGCGUAAGUGGUUUCCAGAAAGUCUGCUCUUCUUAGGAAUUCCAGAGAGAUUCCUAGAGGGGCCCGUAGAGGGUCCCCUUCAGAGACUACUUUACCAACCCCUAUAGAGUCCACCAAAGCUUGCAAAAGUGGUUCCUAUAGGGGUUUUCAGGGACAUGCUAGUUGAUAAUUUUUAUGAACUCUAAGCGUAGAAGCAUUUCCAUGCGCAAAAAAUGAAAGAAACAAGCGUUUUUUGAAUGAAAUUGAGAGAUCCCUAUAGGGUACACUUCAGCUUUAGGGGUCAGAUCUCAAGCUCCUAUAGAGACCACCUGGCUUUUGCCCCUAUAAGGAACACUUUUUCUGCCCAUAUAGGGACCGUUUUCCCCGUAACCCCUAUAGGGACCACUCUAAAAUUCCUAAGCUUCAACUUUCGUAAAAAAAAAAAUGAGUCGAGGCAAUGCAAUAUAGUUAAAAAUUCGCCAUGGAGCGCAUUAUUUUCCCAGAAAGAGCCUAGGCUUCGAAUUGUUUAGAAAACAGGCUUUAAAAAAAAAUCUAAUACACGGUAUUACAGUGGAAAAUUCACAGUGGAGCAUUGAUUCCAAAACAAGCCUGUAGGUUGAAAGUUUAGAAAAACCGGCUUGAAACUUACACAUCUUUCCUGAAAACGUCUCCGUUACAAUCGCAAAAAUUCAAUAGUUCGAAAUAAAGGGCACUUAAGUAUUCCUUACUUCUAGUCCGGCUGACUUUUCGAAAGGUAUUAUAGAAAAAAGCUUGAGAAGUUGAAAACAACAUAUUUCUGAAAAAUAUUCUGCUCUCUGGAAAAAAUGAUGAAUAAACUUACACAAAUUUUCGAUUUCUUCGGUUGGUCAUUUGAAUGCCCGAAAUAGGAGAGUUAUAGAAAAAAAAAGAAGCUUCAUCCCGAAAAAAAAACUCAGUUUUCUUUCAGGUAAAGGAAGCGUAGUCCUGCUACCAAAAACCGCAGAGCAGGUCUCCGCCGUUUUAGGUUAUUGUUCGAAAAGAAAACUGGCGGUUGUGCCGCAGGUUUGACUUUCCUAUCCGAAAAAAACAAAGAAAUGAAAAAGAUUAUCAGGCGGGCAACACUGGCCUGGUCGGCGGUUCGGUGCCGCUUUUCGACGAGAUUGUGCUCUCCACGAAAAAUAUUCGGAACAAUUUUGAGUUUGAUGAAGCUUCUGGAGUGUUGACAUGCGACGCCGGCUUCAUAUUGCAAGAUAUCGACGAGAAAUUACGACAGAAAGGGUUGGUGAAACAAAAAAAUCAUAGUUUCUUCCUUAAAGGAGCAUGAGAGAAAUAGGUCUCACCACGAAAAUCCUUUUUUCGGAGUUUGAUAGAUCUUUGACCUCUGUUUGGAUCUUAUAAUCGCCAUUAAGGCAUUCAAUAAACCUAUAGGCUCGUUUAGACCCACUAAAGUGAUCACUUCAGUAAGGAUAACUGUCGGGAUAAACUCGAGCUCUCUGGCGGCACGUUGACGAACUCGCAAAUUUGUCGCAUUUUCUUUUUCAAUGUCACGUUUCUCUCGGCUUUUUGCGAUAUCGCAUUUUCUUUUUGCGAUGUUCGUUUUUGCGAUGUCGCGUUUCUCUCGGCUAUUGCGAUGUCGCGUUUCUCCUGGCUUUUCGCGAUUUUGCAUUUUCUUUUUGCGAUGUUUUUUUUUUGCGAUGUCGCGUUUCUCUCGGCUUUUCGCGUUGUUGCGAUUUAUUUUUCGCGAUGUCGCGUUCCUUUCGGCUUUUUGCAAUGUUCUGUUUUGCGAUGUCACGUUUCUCUCGGCUUUUUGCGAUGUCGCGUUUCUCUCGGCGUUUCGAGAUGUCGCAAUUUCUUUUUCGCGAUGUCGAGUGUUUCUUGGCUUUUUGCGAUGUUCUGUUUUGCGAUGUCACGUUUCUCUCGGCUUUUUGCGACGUCGCUUUUAUUUUUUGCGAUAUCGCGUUUCUCUCGGCGUUUCGAGAUGUCGCAACUUCUUUUUCGCGAUGUCGAGUGUUUCUUGGCUUUUCGCGAUGUUCUUUUUUGCGAUGUCACGUUUCUCUCGGCUUUUCACGAUGUCGCAUUUUCUUUCUUUUUUUCGCGAUGUCGCGCUUUAUUUUUUGCGAUGUUGCAAUUUAUUUUUUUUGCGAUGUCGCAUUUUCUUUUUUGCGAUGUCGCGUUUCUCUCGGCGACCUAGAUAUUUUGAAAACUUCCAAAAGACCCGGGCGAAGACAGAGCGACCUGUUUGCAAGUUCGUCGUACCGCCAGCGACAUCGCAAUUAUCUCGCACCAGACUCGAUAUUUAUCUUUAGUGAUGAUUCCAAGAGUCUAAAAGCUUUUCUUGAACUUUUAAGAAUCCAAAAAGCGAUCUUCAGAAUCAUCUUCAUAACCCUUACCAAUCAAAAAUCUUCACAAAAGAAAAUCUCCCAGGUUCAUGAUGCCUUUCGACCUCGGCGCCAAAGGAUCCUGCCUAAUCGGCGGUAAUAUUGCCACCUGUGCCGGUGGAAUCCGACUUCUUCGCUACGGAAGCCUUCACGCUCAUCUUCUAGGCCUCACGGCGGUAGUAUCAACUUCCAACUUUAUAUAUAAGUGAUGUGACAGGUUCUUCCUGACGAGAACGGCACGAUUCUGAAGCUGGGGUCGCCGAUCCGGAAAGACAACACCUCGCUGCACACCCAUCACAUGUUCUUGGGUAGUGAGGGCCAGCUGGGAGUCAUCACCAGCGUCACGAUGACCGUUGUUCCAGCUCCUGACAGCGUCUGCAGCGCUAUGUUAGGUUCGGUGAUUGGGGUCUCAGUUCAACUUGAAAAAGUCUAACUUCUCUGCGCCCUCUCUUGCUUACCUGAUAUUUCCGACAUAUGACCUUGCAAGUUAGAGAAAAGAGCGCGCAGGCAGGUUAGACUGCCUCAUUUGUGGCGGAUGAUCUACAUCUAGAAGAACAAGGCCUCUGGUUAGAUGACUAGUGGCCUCUUAAGUGAAAUACUCUGAUAUCUCUGACUCUCUCGUGUCUACGUGCUCUUUUCAUAGCACUCUGACCGAUCAGAGAAAAAUUUCAUUUCACGGAUCACAUUAAACUCUUGAAGAGCUCUAUAAGGACACUAUAAUGACCACUGGAAGCCAGUAGCUCCUCCCAAUAAAUCAUAAGUUUUUUCAAAAUUCUUCUUUUUGAGAACUUUUUCGCCGUCAAGAAUCUUUUGUUUUUCUCUUCCAGGAAUAUCAAGCUUCGAAAACUGCCUAGCCGUACUGAAACUGGCCAAGCGUCGACUCGCCGAAAUCCUCUCUUCCUUUGAAUUCCUCGACGCCGCCGCCAUGGAAGCCCUCGAGGAGAACUUGAAGUUGGCGCCGCUUCUGACGGAAAAAUCGCCGUUCACCAUCCUCCUGGAGACGUCUGGCUCCAAAGCUGAGCAUGACAUGGAGAAGGUGAAGAACUUCCUGGAGGAGUGUUUCAACGAGGGGCUGGUCGAUGAUGGAGUUAUGGUAGGUGCUGGGUUUUUCGAAAAGUACAAGGGGAUCAGGCCGACUCGCUGACGGAGGCGAACAAGAUGUGGACGCUGCGGGAGAGCUGUCCCUUGGCCGUCGUCCGAGAUGGAUACGUCUACAAACACGACGUCUCCUUGCCUCUUCCGCAUUUCUACGCAUUGACUGAGGUAUUGCCUUCACUUCAGUAGUGAUUUGAAUAGGUUCAAGAGCUCUAGCCAUACCAUUUUGGCAGAACAUUUUCGUCACCUCCUCGCCAGUCUUUCUAAAAAAAAAUUGAAAAUUACUACAUUCUGCGUAAAUUUUCAGUAUCCACUAUAUGGCUUUGACGUUUUAAGGACUACUAUACUACUAUAGUAGUCCAACCAGUGGCCACUUAAGGGGUUAAAAACUAGUGGCCACUAUAGAGGUCUAAGUGCUACUACUAGACGGCUAAAAAUUUUAGUCGCCACUUUAGGGGUCAAAGGAUCAACAUAACUGGUCCAAUCUGUUUGUUUUAAAAUUAUCAGAGUUACUGAACAGAAUACUGAAUGAAAAACUACUGAAGAGGCCACUAAAUAGAGAACCUCUAUAGGGGCCGCUAAAACUGAAAAUAGUGGCCACUAUAGAGGUGGGUUCAGUGGCCACUUUAGUGGCCUCUCCAAGUAGUCCUUGAAGAGCCUCUAUAGUGGUCACUAAAAAUUUUCCCAGUUCUUAUCAAACCUACCUUCUCCAAUCUUCCUGGGCUAACUGAGACCUGUAAUUUUCCACCUGUAUGCUUCUACUCAGGAAUCUAACAGACUUCUUCAUUCUUCCUACGCCUUUGUACCGCUUGAGCGGCGUUGGCGUCCCUAACCGAAGUCUUAUCCUGAUAACAGUGAUAAGCAGUGGACUGGCUCUAGCGACCUGUGUGACGGCUGGGGAUUUCGGAAGUCGUGGUUUCCCACUACCAACAUUUCUUAAACCCCUUGGUUCGGCUCAAGGCGGGGGUCGAACUUAUGACCAUGUGGACCGUAACCAAGCAUGCAACCAGUUGCGCUACGGACUAGUCGAGUAAAAUUCCACCAAGCCCUUGAAAACUUGAAAAAAUCUUCAGAGAACUGAAAUUUGUAGGAAAUGAGAAGACAUUGCGGAGACCUUGCCAAGCGGGUCGUCACCUACGGUCACCUUGGCGACGGCAACACUCAUCUCAACAUCACGUCUUCCAAAUUCGAUCAGAAACUUUAUGACAAGUAAGGGUACAACUUCAGCUUCUAGAAUGAAUCUGGCCUAAUUAUUAUUAAAAGUGUCCUUUAAUAAUAGAAAAAUAAGGCUCUCAUACCUACAAAUUCCAUGCGUCUAGUAGGAAUAUGAGAAAGCCUAGGCCAAAAGUUUGAUUUGUAAAGCAAAGUUUCCGAGAGGGAGUUCUUAGCUCAAACUUCCGAAAAAAAAAUCGAAGCAUCACUGGUUUUCGAAAAAGAAUAUUUUUUCUCAAUCAUUCCUUCUUACACCCAUUUCCGGAAUUAGUGAUGAACCUGACUACAAAUUUUCUAUCGUUAUGGAAACGUAUAUUGACUUAGAUAAGCCAAUAAAUGAGAAUUAUUGUUUAAAGUUCAUUUUAAUUGAAGCAUUUCCUUACAAGGAACACAUUUAAAGUUCAGAAAAAGACGCUUCGAAAUGCCGUUUUUUUCAAUUUCAUUUAAUUUUCUUAAAGUUUACAAGUUCAUUCAGUCUUCUCUGCUGAAUCAUGAAAAGAAUUGAUCGUCGGUUUGCAAAAAAAAAAUGGUUUCAUCUUUUUUCUUAUAGCCUGUGUACGACAUUCCGCUGUGCCGCUGCGCGCCUUUGCGAAACUCGGUCGCGAAUUAAAUUUUUUUUUCUUUUGUUACGGUACUCUACUUUCAUGUGCUCCCAUAGCAAUAACAAUCAAUUGAAAGCGUGACCUAGAUUCAGACGCUUCGCGAACGCACGCAGCGGAACAGCGGAAUGUCGUUCCGUGAAAUUUCAAGUCGUAUAGGAAAAUUUUUUUUAUCAUUCCGAAGUUCAGCUACUUCUCCAUUACUUUCUUAAAAUUCCAGACUCUACCCAUACCUCUACGAAUGGGUGGCCGACCACGGCGGCUCGAUCUCGGCCGAACACGGCAUCGGUCAAGUCAAAAUGCCCUACGCUCACUUCGGGAAGCAACUCGAGGAACGAGCUCUGGUCCAGAGUCUCAAGCAGGUCUUCGACCCGAAUCGCAUCCUCAACCCUUACAAAAUGUUCUGAACGCAUAUCUUGUACCCCUCUUUAGCUUCAAAUGGUCUAGCUUCUUUGUACUCUCUGGUUUUUACGUGCUCUUUUCUUGUUUUAUGCUGAGGGAAAAGAGACGCAGGUCGGCUAGCCAUUCCCGAGACGUGGAGAAGGGAUCUGUUGUGAUUUUACGUGUAAUAGACGAGAAUUUCACAUUUUCUCUGUGAGAAAUUUCUAUUUUCCAAACUGGUGACACGAAAUGAAUAUAUGAUACACUCCGUUGACUGUACAGUAGUAAAGAUCAAACAAAUGGGCUCGGCUAAUGAUACGUAGGCUAAGGGCAGCCUGUUCAAAUAGGCAUCGAAUUGACCGGCCUUUCCACUCAUUCGCUCGGAUCGCAUCGAAAUCCAGUCGUCGUCAUGCUCCUGGUAGUGCUCAUACUUCUUGUUGGCGUUGACGCCACGGAUCCAGUCCAAGAGGAGCUUCGUCAUCCGACUUCGGACAAGAUCAUUGAGAAGUAUGUCGAGCUGUCGAUGAACCUCACCGGAUUGUUCAACGGGACCACGAUCGGCGAGGAGGCUCUUCAUGAGGUUUGGAGAAUUUAGAUUUGAAAGUUCGUCUCCAGAAAUAUUGAACGAUGACUCAACAAAUGAAAAAUUGUAUAUUGAUCAAGAAAUGAAGAAGAAAAAAUCUUUUUAAGAGUCCCAAAAACGAAGUGAAACUACUUGAAAGAAUUACAAAGAGUGAAGCUUAAUUAAAGGGUCACUUAAGAGGCCUUUCGAAGAAUUCCUUCAAAACAACUGAAGGUAAUCAAAAUUGAGACCAUUUUAGUCUUUUUGGUUUCAAAAAAUAGCAAUUUUUUAGCAUUAGUAGGAAGUUUUUUUCCGUGCCUCGACAAGGAUACAAAAAGAAAAACAAAGGAGAAUCUUCAGAAAGUGCGUUUUUUGAUUAAACUAGCGCUCUACUGAAAAGUUUUCCAAAAACAUAACUUUGAAAUUUUCACUUCACUAGACAAAGUUUAGAUAACUCAAUUUUGUUUCAGCUCUCCAAAAAGAUCGUCUCACACGACAAGGAUCCGGCCAAAGUUCACGAAAUUUACGAAAAGUUUGUCGAAAAACUGCCAGAGGAUCAGAAGAAAGUCUUCGUCGACUUUUUCUACGAUAAAGUGUCAGUUUUUUUUUAAUCAAGUGAAAAAAAAACUUUUAAAGUGCGCUCUAAUAAACUAGACUGAUUCGCGGACUUCGGUAACAAGAGCAGGACGUUUCUGAUCUUUUCUAGGGGUCCUUUUAGUGGCUUCAGCUCUCUUAAGGGAUCCCUACAAAAGCUCAAAAGCUUCGGGGGCGCGUCCGGUUUGCGUUACCGCCACUUUUGAGACCGAGUUCGCUGGAGCACACUUUCUAAGCUUAAAACAGCUGCAGAAGAAAAAUAAUUCUUUCAGCCGCCUUGACUACAUGAGCAAACGAGUGGACACAAUUCUAGGAUACUACCUCACAAAACAUCAGAUUGCCAGGGUUUUUGGAAAAUUUUCGAAACCUAUUUGAUGAUAUAUUUCCAGAUUCGUCAUAUUAUGGAGGACGGAUUCACCGUGGGGCUCAAUCGGGAAGAGAUCAUGAAGGUGAUAAGUGAGGAGCUCACAAAGGUUCGUACUUUAUUAUAAAUGACGAAAAAAAAUUUGGUGACAGCAGAAAAGUUGAAAAAAAGGAAAAAAUACGUUUUUUCCAUAGAGCAACUUUACUGCAAAACGCCCUUCUGGCGGGGAUUCAAAAAAUUUUUCCCUCAAAGUUCUGUAUUUUCGAGGCGAUAGCAAUGAAAAGCUGUACGAAAUUCCGCAUAUUUCAAACUUUCCGAAUUUCUUGAUGCAUUAAUUGAAACUGGUUUCCUAAACUUCCUACGUUUCGAAAAACGUAUAAUUAACUGGACUUAUAACUAAAAAAACGUUUGACUUGAGAUUUUUUUGGACGUUUUUUUAUUAGUGGAAGAAAGUGCUAAACCAAAAAUGAAGGGGCGGAGUCACAACCUCCGCCGUUCCCAUGUGACGUCAUGGGAAACAAGCGUAAGCAUCCGGGAUUAUUAAAGGCGCAUGUUCAAUGGGUCACGAAACGAAUCGUUUUUCUCAUUUAAAAAACACAAUUUUUCUGUUGCCGUGAUCAAAGUGAUUCCGCGAAAUUCAAAAAAGCAAAAAAAAAAACGAAUUUCGGAAGUUCAAAAUUAUCUUAAACAUUGCGUGUGCGAGUGCGCCACGGUGCAUGCACACGACACACUACACUUUACGGAAAAAGAGCGGGGUGUCGUCAAAAAAACGCCGUGGCCAUAGAAAUAAAAUAAAAUCGACCAUCAUAUUGAAAAAUAAAACCCACACGAAAAAUAUUUAACAUUACAUGUUUUUUUCGAAAAUUUCAAAUCUCAAAUCUUCCGUAAACGAUUUUUUAUUUUAUUUGCGUUUUUUUGCAGGAAAUCGGAAAAGAAAAAGCCGAGAAAGCGUUGGAAAUGACGGUGAAGAACUUGAAAGUGUUCGCUAAGAAGAAUAUUGGAGUCUUGGAUCGUGUCGAGGGCGCCUUCAACAAGAUGAUCCACGAAGAGUUAUGA